GUUCAAUAAGGUGCGUAAAGGCUGCGGAUCAUUAUUCCUCCUUUUUGCCUUUAACGGGGAGUCUAGUCGUCUCCUUCACAUGUAAACUGCGGGGGAUAAUCUCAGGUUCUGCUACUUGAUGGCAGGGGCCAUCUACUUGGUCGGCUCGCUGCCCUCGUGGCUAAACAGGUUCUGCUGGGUCACAAAGUUGUGGUUGUGAGAUGUGAGGGAAUCCAAAUCUCUGGCAACUUCUACCGCAACAAGCUGAAGUACCUCGCUUUCCUGCGUAAGAGGAUGAACACCAACCCCUCUCGUGGCCCAUACCACUUCAGAGCUCCCAGCAGGAUCUUCUGGAGGACAGUCAGAGGCAUGUUGCCCCACAAGACCAAGAGAGGUCAGGCUGCUCUGGAGAGGCUGAAGGUGUUUGACGGCAUCCCCCCGCCCUAUGACAAGAGGAAGCGUAUGGUCGUCCCAGCUGCUCUUAAGAUUGUGCGUCUGAAGCCCACUCGCAAGUACGCCCUCCUCGGCCGUCUGGCACAUGAGGUCGGCUGGAAGUACCAGGCCAUCACAGCCACCCUGGAGGAGAAGAGAAAGGAGAAGGCCAAGCUCCGCUACACCAAGAAAAAGACAAUGGUCAAGCUGACCAAGCAGGCGGAAAAGAACGUUGAGGGCAAGAUCGCAGCAUACACACAAGUUCUGAAACAAUAUGGAGUCCUUGUCUGAGCUGGUUCCCUCUGGCCAAUAAAGAUAAAUAAAUGUUUAUAAAUGGUG